AGCCUUUAUCAUGGUGGGCCGUGGCACAGUGGGAAGGAAAGGGAGUGUGUGACAGGAAAUAGACAUGCUCAGUGGUUAGAAACCGGUGUCCGGAGAACCAUAGACAUAAGAAAUCGGUCCUUAUUUUUUGACGUUCAUACAGUAUCCUUACCUACGGCUCUCUUUGGUGACGUCGGCGCGUAACCCCGCCCCCUUCGUCUCCAGGGGUACCCUCCGCUGUGGGAGCGGUGAAGGCCGCUUCUUCUUGGUCUUUAUUCUUUCUUUUCCAAGAUGGCCGCGCUAGGUGUAAACAAGGUUGGGGCUGGUGCAGGGAUGGAUACCGGGUGCAGACAGAGCCGGAGUCCGGCUGGGCCUGUUGUGAAGGUUCUAGAAUGUGGAGUCUGUGAAGAUGUAUUUUCACUGCAAGGAGACAAAGUUCCUAGACUGCUUUUGUGUGGCCAUACUGUCUGUCAUGACUGUCUCACUCGACUUCCUCUGCAUGGCAGAGCAGUUCGAUGUCCUUUUGAUCGGCAGGUUACUGAGUUAGGAGAUUCUGGUGUCUGGGGUUUGAAAAAAAACUUUGCUUUGUUGGAACUCCUGGAACGACUUCAAAAUGGACUUGGUGGACAAUGUGGGACAACUGAAGAAGCUAUUGGUCUCUCUGGAGAGUGCAUCAUCCGCUGUGAUGAAGAUGAGACUCACCUUGCUUCAGUGUACUGCACUGUUUGUGCCACUCACCUGUGUGCAGAGUGUUCCCAAGUUACACAUUCUACGAAGACACUUGCAAAACACAGACGUGUGCCCCUUGCUGAUAAACCUCAUGAGAAGACCAUGUGCUCUCAGCACCAGGUGCAUGCUAUUGAAUUUGUGUGCCUGGAAGAAGGUUGUCAAGCCAGUCCCCUAAUGUGUUGUGUCUGCAAAGAAUAUGGAAAGCAUCAGGGUCAUAAACACAGUGUUUUGGAACCAGAAGCAAACCAGAUCCGUGCUUCCAUUUUAGACAUGGCUCACUGUAUAAGAACUUUCACAGAAGAAAUCUCAGAUUAUUCUCGGAAACUGGUUGGAAUAGUUCAACAGAUAGAAGGAGGAGAACAGAUAAUUGAAGAUGGCAUUGGAAUGGCCCACACCGAACAUGUCCCAGGUACUGCAGAGAAUGCUCGUUCAUGUGUUCGAGCCUAUUUUUCUGAUCUUCAUGAGACCCUUUGCCGCCAAGAAGAAAUGGCACUUAGUGUGGUUGAUGUGCAUGUGCGAGAGAAAUUGAUCUGGCUUAGACAACAGCAAGAAGACAUGACUAUCCUGUUGUCACAGGUUUCAACAGCUUGCCUUCACUGUGAAAAGACCUUGCAGCAGGAUGAUUGUAGAGUUGUGUUGGCCAAACAAGAAAUUACAAGGCUUCUAGAAACACUGCAGAAACAACAACAACAGUUUACUGAGCUUGCAGACCAUAUACAACUUGAUGCUAGCAUUCCAGUUACUUUUACAAAGGACAACAGGGUACACAUUGGGCCAAAAAUGGAGAUUCGGGUUGUAACUCUGGGAUUAGAUGGAGCUGGCAAAACAACUAUUUUAUUUAAGUUAAAGCAGGAUGAAUUCAUGCAACCUAUACCAACAAUUGGCUUUAAUGUUGAAACUGUAGAAUAUAAAAAUCUGAAGUUCACUAUUUGGGAUGUAGGAGGUAAACACAAGCUGAGGCCUUUAUGGAAACAUUAUUACCUUAACACACAAGCGGUAGUGUUUGUGAUUGAUAGCAGCCACAGAGACAGGGUCAGCGAGGCACACAGUGAACUUGCCAAACUGUUAACAGAAAAGGAGUUGCGAGAUGCUUUGUUGCUGAUCUUUGCCAAUAAGCAGGAUGUGGCAGGGGCACUUUCAGUAGAAGAAAUCACAGAAUUGCUGAGUCUCCACAAACUCUGCUGUGGUCGUAGCUGGUACAUUCAAGGGUGUGAUGCCCGGAGUGGCAUGGGAUUAUAUGAAGGACUGGAUUGGCUCUCAAGACAUCUGGUAGCUGCAGGUGUAUUGGAUGUCGCUUAAGGUCGUAUUGAGGACCAUUAAGCUUGAAGAUCAGUUAAUUUAUUUGUGUGACUUGAGAUGGUAAAACAUGAACUUUUCUUGUAAAGCUAUGUAAUCUAGAGAAAACAGCUAACUUUUUUUGCUGAAUGCUUGUUGGAGUGUGGUACAGUGAGUGUGUCAUUCCUGUGAAUUAUGGUAAUUGAAUAGAGUGGCAUAGUGGAUUUGCAAGAAAGGUGUCUUGACUUUUUUAAAGAAAUGAAAUAUGAAAGAACUUCCACUUCCCUAUUCAACAAAUAAUUUAUCCUUACAAGUACUUUCAGAACUUAGCAUUUAUUUGACCUUGCUCCUCUUAAAGUUGGUCUUGCAGCAUUCACUUUUUCUCAGAUCUGAAUUAGACACACAGGUAUACACAAACGAUUUCUUGAUGAAAAGAAAAAAAAUGAAAAUAGGCAUGGUACUGGGGUGGGCAGAAAGGUUAUGCGCCUGUAUAUGUGUGUGCAUCCUUUGUGGGUAUCCUUUGUGGGUAUUGUGGGUAUCUUGCAUGUGUAAGAGUGUGGAGUGGCCACACCCACCACUGGCAUAUGGUCGCUGGAAGUUUGCCAAGGGUGAAUGCUGCCAUCAGGCCAAAAAAGCUUAACCAUGCUUGCUCUAGAGCUCCAAAUACUUUCCCCCUCUCUGAAGCUGCUGCAGUCAAGCCCUCUUGAAAGUUUUCCUAUCCUGCACCUCUUUCACUGCUUCAACUUCCAUUUUAGAUGUUCCUGGAGAGGAAAAAACACCGCCUUUCAGGAAAAGUAGCAGUAAGAUGGAUGGCAGAAAUUCUCUUGAAUGAGGCAACUAAUGGGGCUGGGUUGAUGGUCAGUCAAGUUUCCAGCAAUCCAAACUAAUAAUUGGAGAGCAGACUUCCCUGAUAACCUUUAAAUGUGUCCUAGUUGAAGUCUUCCAUCGGUUAUAUUUGUUUGUUUGACUGAGAUUGCAAGUGGAAGGUGGCCUAAAUGUACAAUCUAAUGGCUUUAAAAAAGGUUUUUAAUCAGCUUCUGAAAUCCUUAUCUUCUUUCCCUACUUCCUCAUCUGAAUUCCUUAUGUACAUUGUACCUUGCAGUCAACUUCUGACCUAAUGGUACAUGAUUACGUACCCCUCUUUCCAUAAGUUCAGGAAUAGUUUAUUUUCAAUACUUCUUAAUAGGAAAUCACGUACAGUCUUGGAAAGCUGAGUACCUUUCUUGCACCUCCCUGUAUAUGAAACAUUGAAACAUUGAAGCACAAUUAUGCUGUCACAGUGGCUGCACUUAAAUUUGGAGUAAGCUUUGCCGUCAAAACAUUCUAUUUGGGGCUAUAAUUCUUUGCUGAAUAGGUUUGUAUUUUUCUAAUAUCAGGGUCUGUUCAUGUGGAAAGUUCUGUAACAAGGAUCUGUAGCACUUCAUCUUGUUAACCUUGAUUGAUUUAGCACGUAAUUAGCUGUUUGAGCAUCUUGUACUGUAUUUUGUAGAUCAGUGAAAUAUUAACUUAAAUGAACACACCAAUUGUUAGUACUUGGAUUCAUUAUUUUGGUCAUCCAGUGCAUUGAGAAAAGAGCAUGUGCUUCUUUGAUAACAGAAACCAAGUUCUGUACUGGAUGCAUGGAUAACUUUCUGCAGAUAUGCCACGGGAGGGAUUUUCCAGAGCUAUUUGAGGAGGCUCCCUGUUAUUUUAUACCAUGAAGAACACAUAUCUGUGGUUGCAUAACAGUCCGAGUCCAAAUCCUGAUUCCAUUCUGCCAUAGUCACUAGUUCGUGGGUUGCAUAGAUAAUGGCUGGAAUGAGGCAGGCAAAUGUUACUACUCAUACUAUCCUGUGGAGUACAGUUCUCUGUUUUAAGCAAGAUUAUCUCUUCUAGUAAUACAAUGUUCCUUUGAGAAACCCUGAGUAGAUUGUUUCCCCUGUAUUGGUCCUAGAGGACACAAAUAUAUUAAAGCAACAAUUUGAUAACCCUUCACGAGAGCAGUACAUCAGCAUACCCAGAGCACCACCUCACCAGCAGUUCAGGUUAAACAUGCAAAGUGUGUUUAAAUAGAGACCUGUUGAACUGAUUAAACAUGGUGUUUUUUGUAACCAGCCUCACUUCUGAAGAGAUGUUGUGGAAUCCCAUGCAUGUUUUUUUGUUGGGUUUGCGGGUUUUUUGAAGUAAGAUGUACUGUGUUCAGUGAGGCUUACUCCUGUAUAAUUGAGCAUAGGACUGCAGCAUUAACUACCUGUCCAGGUUUGCUGAUGAAAUGUUCCAUGUCAGUUGAUACAGAAAAAUGUUACUAAGGACUCUCAAAUUCUACAACACUUUACAAAUAUAGGGCUCUGAUUUGUUAACACCUUAAAACCUGUAGGCAUGGGCCUGUUUCCAUGCUGUGUUGAAUUAGGAAGGAAUAUUGCAUAUAAUGGGCUUCCAAAAAUUCCAGGUUUGAAUUUAAGCAUGAGAAUUCUGCUACCCAUUUAAGAUACUAUCAUUGUCAUGAUGUGGUUCUGGUUGAAGGGAGUAUUUAUGCAACCACACUCACUUUAAUGGAAAGCUUGGUUACUGAAUCCUGUUUCAUUCAGAAAGCAGCUGUAGCUGCCCAAACAAAACUAGAGUUCAUGUACCCCAAGGAACUCUGCUGUGCCUCAUUGAAUAACCUCAUAGUAUUCUGCAAAGCCACACUGUAUGUUUGAAAUAAUUUGGAGGCUUCCUAUUGCAUAUCAGUGAGGCCAGAUGUUUGCUUUUAUUAUUAAAAUGCAUGACUACUUGAUAAUGCAGCAGUUGGGAAGGCUAAAUGUGAAUUGUUCUUCAGUGGCUUUAAUUGCUAUAUAGCUUUACUGUUUUAGCACACUGUGGAAAAACACUUGUUUUUGGAAAACCUGUUUGUUCCUUUCUCCUGACAAGCACUACUACAAAUGUAGUGUGCUUGCAUAAAAGUAUUGACAUCCACUCAGUGAAAAUAAGUGUUGCAGUUGUUUGAAUUCAAGUCAUUAACAAAUACAAUUUUAGCAGCUUGUUUGUAUUGUAUAUAACUACUUCAGCUAUAAACUUAAGCUUGUUUCAUAUGAUGUUGAGCUUCAAUUCAGUUUAGUAUACUGAUGUGUGCUAGUUUUUAAGAAGUGUUUUAAUUCCAAGGAGAUCUUUAAAGAUAAGCAUAAGCUGUAUGACAAGAAGACAUUGUUUGUAAAACAGCUGGAUCAUAAUAGAGUUUUAACUGUGAAACUAAAAUGCAAUGUUCAUAUUAAUGUCUUGCUUUAAAAGUAACAAUAAUGUAUAGAGCUUCAUUACUUGAUAUACGCUGGCUUUUCACUGUAUGUAAUUAAUUAUUUUCUAAUUGUGGAUUGGGAGUGAAUAAAAGUAUGGAGAGGGGUUAUAACACCAAGAAGUCCAGAGUUCUGGAGCUAUACUAGCUAUAAAAUAGCUCACAAAAAAGACCAGUGUUGGAUGAAAAAAUGGCCUUGGACUUCUAACAAUAAAAGUGUAACCAGGUGGUUGAGUGUA